AUGAAAGCGCCGCCCGUGGUGCUCGACGUGGCCGGCCUCAGGUUCUGCGCCAACCGCGGCGUCGGCGACCUCAGCUGCUGCGAUGCCGCCGCCGACGCCGCGCUGGAGAGCCGGUUCGAGGCGAUGGGCAUCAACCGCACGGGAGGCGGCCGCUGCGCCGGCCUCAUCAAAUUCAUCAUCUGCGAGGUAGCAAUCUUUCUCUUCAUUUUCACUUCUGUGACUGUGAGCAGUGGAGCUUUGGUUUCCCAACGGGAAAGUGAACUUUUCAACACAGGAUCUGCCACAAAGGCAAUUCCCCUCUUGUGCAGUUCUUCUCAUUCAGAGGACCCUAGUCACAGCGAGGAGAAGUACUGUGAGAAAGUUUGGAAACAUUGCAAAAGCACAGCAAUAUCAAACUCUCCUUUUCAGCCCUCUGCAAAAGAAUAUGCUGGCUUUACCAGACCAUCUUUCAUGCCAACUGAUUUUUGGUCAACAGAAAAUGAAUUCUGUGCAGCAUUUGCCAGCACACCAAACAACCAGUCAUCAUGCUUCAAUGGAUAUGGUGCUCUGUCUAACACCAGGAAACUUUCAGCAUCUCCUAGUGGGAUGUGCCUUGAGAAGAUUAGUGAUGGACCCUACAGUAGCAUGGUUGCUCACCCCGAUGGCUCGAGCAAGGCCUUCUUCUCCAGUCAAGAUGGGAAGAUAUGGCUGGCUGCCAUUCCUGAACAAGGGAAGGGUGAUAUUCUGCAACUCGAUGAAACGGACCCUUUUCUUGAUCUCAUGCCUGAAGGCUAUCUCGGUUCGGAGUUUCGAUUUGUGAGCACAGCAUUUCAUCCGGAUUUUACAAACAAUGGCCGCUUCUUUGUUUCCUACAUCUGUGAUAGAACUCAGUCACCCAGCUCUGCUUCCAAGUGUUCAUGUGACUGUGAUCUCUCAAAGCUCGGCUCUGUUAACUGCAGCUACCCUUGCCAGUACAGCCUUGUUGUGUCAGAAUAUUCUGCAAAAGGUCCCUCAUCUAACUCUUCUGAGUCAACAUAUGCUGAUCCAUCUGAAGUUAGACGAAUCUUUUCCAUGGGAUUACCAUAUGCAUCUAACCAAGCUGCAAAUAUUUCUGAGCUACCUUCUUUUGAGCUUGCAGAGCUGAACGAAUCUGCUAGCAAAAGCUUAUGCGGUAACUAUACCAUUCCAGUGGACAAUCCCAGUGCUGAUGAUAGUGGCUUAAGGCCAGAAAUUUGGGCCUUUGGUCUAACAAACCCUGGGAGGUGCAGUUUUGACUCCGCGAAGACAUACCACUUGUACUGCACAGAUGAUGCCGAGGGAGAAUACAAAGUGGUAGACUUGAUAUCAAAAGGUGGAAACUACAAGUGGAGCGAUGUGUACAAGGGCCAUACUGGUGCCCCUCCACCGUGGGCAGCUCAAGGAACAAAACCAUCAGAUAGCAUCAUCUUCCCAGUGAUGAGUAAACCUGACCUUCAAUGA